AUGGUCUCGCCGCGGACGCCGCGGGAGACGCCGCGGAAGUCGUCGUCCUCGUACCACGCCUUCCACGGCAUCCCCCGCGGCACGCCGAUCGUGGAGCUCAAGUCUCUGAGCGAGGAGCUCGGAUGCGUAAUCCUCGCGAAGUGCGAGCAUCUCCACCCGGGCGGCUCAGGCGCGUUCACACUGGUUCCCAUACGACCGCGUUCGCGUUGUGAACUUCAUUCCUUAAGGACUUUCGUUCCCGGCGGUCGUCUCUCUCCGCCCACACCUCGCUGCUUUCGAUCCCGACGCGCCUCGACGCCUCGCGACUCCAAUCCUCCAUCUGACGCGCCCCCGAACUCGUCUCGCUCUCGUCCACCCCGACGUCGCGACAAUCAAUGCAAACGCAACGAACGACCCUCAGUGAAAGACCGCGCCGCGCACGCGCUCGUGGAUCACGCGAUCGCGAGCGGGGAGCUCAAGCCGGGGGGGACGAUCGUCCAGGGCACGGGCGGGAACACGGGCGUGUCGCUCGCGAUGAUCGCGAAAUCGCGCGGGUACAAAGCGCACGUGUGCAUUCCGGAAAACAUCUCGCCCGAUAAAGUAGACCUCCUUCGCAUGCUCGGCGCCGAGGUGACCGUGUGCCCGUGCGUGCCGUACACGGAUCCGCGGUCGUACAUGUCGAUGGCGGCGUCCAUCGCGGCUUCGACCCCGGGCGCGGCGAAGCCGUGCCAGUUCGAGUGCAUCGCGAACGCGGACGCGCAUUACAAGGGCACCGGCGCGGAGAUUUGGGCGCAAACCGCCGGCGACGUGGACGGCUUCGUAUGCGCCGCGGGCACCGGCGGCACGAUCGGCGGCGUGACGCGAUACCUCAAGGAGAAGCGCGGCGACGCGAUUCAAACCUACCUCAUCGACCCGACCGGGAGCGGGCUGAAGUGCUUCGUCGAGACGGGCGCGUUCGCCUCCGCGGGCGGCUGUUUCAUCGACGGCAUCGGCAUCGGACGCGAGACGGCGCGUUCAUAUUUAGACUGGUUCCCAUACGACCGCGUCGGCGUGGCGAACUUCCGCUCCGCGCGCGUCGACGGCGCGUUCCGAGGCACGGACGGAGAGGCGAUAGAGAUGGCGUAUUACCUCCUACGGAACGAGGGGAUAUUCGUCGGGCCGUCAGCGGCGCUGAACGUCGUCGGCGCGGUGAAGCUCGCGAGAAAGCUCGGCGUCGGGAGCGGGAAGACGGUCGUCACGAUACUGUGCGACGGCGGCGAGCGCUACCGCGCGACGACGUUUAACCCCGAAUGGCUCAGGCGCGUUCAUCGUAUUUACACUGAGAAAAACCUGACGCCGACGGCGACCGGGACCUCGCUGGACUUCGUGCGGCCGUCCGUGCACGAGCGCGAGCGCAUGCGCGUCGCCGUGCACGCGCGCGCGAUCGACGUCGCGCUGGACGCGCUGCCCUCCGAGUGGUUGGGGACUACGUUUCGGAACGAAAAUUUACUCGGCCGCGAGGCGUUCGCGUCCGCGUUGAACGACCUCGUCUGCGGGAUCGUUGAGAGCGGCGCGAGCGAGGUUACAACGUCCGCGCUCGAGGCGUUAGGCGUCGCGGAGGACUACCUGCGCGUCGCGUCGAACCUGAGCGUCUUCUUGGAGCUCGAGCUCGCGCGCGUCGCGGGGCACGGCGACGUGCGACGCGUGUUUUCGUUCGCCUCGGAGGACGCGCCCGCGUCGUGCGCGCUGCUGUCGACGCCGGCGAAGCGCGUUACGUUUUACCUCGGCGUCGGGAAGCUGUGGGGGAACGAAAAGAUCGCGACGCUGUCCGCGUUCACGGGGAGAACCAUCGUCGUCAAGCGCGGCGUCCCGACCUCCGCGUGCCGCGACGACGACGACGACGACGACUGCGUGAUGAUGGUCCGCGCGGGCGUAGGCGUAGGCGACGGUCCGUGCGACGCGGCGUUUCUGCGCGCCGCCGCCGCCGCCGGCGUCGCCGGCGUCGUCGACGGCUCAGACCUCCACGUCCUGGACCAGUCCAAGCUCCCUCCGGAGGCGGUGGCGACCGCGCGGAAGCGCGCGGCGACGCCCGCGACGCACGCGCUCGCGCUCUUUAAGGCGCGUUCUGUUGUACACUGGUCCCCAUACUACGACCCCCUUCGCUCGAUGACGCCGAAUCCGCCGCCGCCGUUCGUGGACGCGGCGGGGCGUUCGACGUCGCUGACGCGCGCGUCGCCGUCGGAGAUCGACGGCAUGCAGACGCACUUGCAACGGCUGCACGGCGUGGACGAGGGCGACUUCCGCGCGCGCGCGUUCCCGCCGCCGGAGCACCUGCCCAACGUCUUCUCCGCGGGCCUCCCCGCGCUCGCGACGAUGUUCGGCGCGCUCGCGAAGGACGGCGGCGUCGACGUCGUCAUGGCGUCCACGGCGUACGGCGGGUCUUCGCAGGCGCCCCUCGGUUUCAAUCCCGACACACCUCGACGCCUUUCAACUCCGCUUCUGACGCCUUUGAACUCCACCCCGAUAUCAUCGCUCGUAUGGAACGACCCUCAGCUCGUGGAUUUGCUGCGCGAGCGGACGCGCGGCCGCGUCCGGAAGUGGUCCUUCGACGUCCAGGGCCCCGACGCGGACGUCGUCGCCAACCUCUCCUCGACGCUCGACGCGCUCGCGAGGACGAAGGAGACGCUCGCGGUGACCGGCGAGCGCGAGGGCGGCGAGGAGGAGGAGGAGGGCGCAGAGAAAGAGAAGCGAGGGAGAGAGAUCGACGGCGCGUGGACGGUGGUCUUCGUCGAGAUCCCGACGAAUCCGGACAUGAAAGUCCCGUCGCUCCCCGCGCUCGUGGACGCGGUCCGCGCGUACGAGCACGCGUCGCGGUACGCCCCGGACGCGCGGUGGCACCGCGUCGUCGUCCUCGUGGACACGACGUUCGCGCCGGGGAGCGAGGUGUUGGGGAAGCUGCGGGCGCUCGCGCCGGAGAUGAUCGCGAGUUUUUCGCGCGGGAAGGUCACCGCGGGCGCGCUCGUCGUCGGCGACGCGGACGCGGCGACGCCGCUGCACGAGGCCAUAGGAAGCGCGAUGGAGAUUUUCGGGACGCGCGCGGGCGACGACCAGCUCGAGGCGCUGUGUCGCGAGCGGCACGGCGUCGAGGAGAGAUGCGCGCGGGCUUACGAGGCGGCGAGGGCGGUGGGCGACGCGUUGCGAACCGCGGUGCGAAAAUACGCCGGCGACAUGCCGAUCGCGUUCGUGUCCGACGCGGACGCGGCCGCGGGGUUCAGCUCGUCCACGUUCUCGUUCAACCUUCCUCCGCGUCCGGGGUCGGACGCGCGCGAGCGCGCCGCGCUCGCGCAAACCUUCGUCGAUUUUCUCUGCGGCGGGAAUCACGCCCCCGAGCUGUUCAAGCCGUGCGUGUCGUUCGGACAGGACAACGGGCUCGCGUAUUGCACCGUCCCCGCGACGUCGACGCAGGGCGCCAUACGGGCGGAGGAUAAGGGGAAGCAAGCGAUCGGGGGGGUGCAGAUGGUGCGGCUGAGUUUUUCCCCGGGGUGCGACGUCGAGAAGGUGAGCGCGGCGGUGGAAGACGCCGUCGCGAAGGUGUACAACGCUUCGAGGUGA